AUUUGCACGUGUGAUUUUGUGCAUGUUGUUUACAAGUUUCUAACCAAAAUUUUACUAUAAAAACUGUGUAAUUCCCAUAUAAAUGGUGAAAAUAAUCCACUCCUAAAAUGGUCAAAAGAGUCGCUAAAAACUCGGUGUCAGAAGAUGAUAUCGAUUCCCAAGUCCUCAAUGAGAAUGGGAAACGUGCAGCAGCUGUUCCUAACAAGGAACCGAAAAAGCGAUUGAAAACUAAAAGUUUGUACCGCCAGCCGACCGCCAACGAGCUGAAUCGGCUUCAAGAGACGGAGAAUCUAUUCAAUUCUAACUUGUUUCGGCUACAAGUCGAAGAAAUACUCCAGGAAGUCAAAGUGAAGGAGAAAACUGAGAAGAAAUUCCAAGAAUGGUACACAGAGUUCAAAAAUCAUUUAUUGGCUAUCCCAGAAAAUGAUACAGAAUACGAUCUGACAGAGUCGGCACUUGCUAAAACACUAAAAGUCAAAAUACCAAUUGGCAAUAAACUGUCCAAAACAAAAUGUAUGUUCCGGUUUUACAAGUUUAGUGAUGUCAAAAUUGUUGGGUCUUACGCUAUAGGAUGUGCGAUAAACUCGAAACUCUGCGUCAAUGUACAGAUUACAGUCCCAGCUGACACGUAUACCAAAAAUGAUUCAAUCAACUACAGAUAUCACAAAAAGCGGUCAGCAUAUUUGGCAUUCAUUGCUUCUCAUAUCAAAAAACAUGAAUCCGUUGAAGAAGUAAAAUACACAUGUUUACUCGGUAGUGAAAUUAAGCCAGUGUUAGAUGUAACACCAUCUGGCAAACUUAACAAAUAUCUAACUGUACGUAUUGACUUGCUGUGUGAAGAAGAGGCGUAUAAGUUGCACAGAUUCAGUCCUGCACGUAACAAUUUGAGAGAAGCGUGGUUAUUUUCUGAAGAAGGUUCCGAUAAUAAUGAGAUUGGUCCUCCAACUCCAUACUACAACAGUAGUGUGUUACAAGAUCUCACAUCUUCCGUCAAUGAGGAGUUUUUGAAGGAAUCUUUAUUGGAUAGAGAAAAUUUAAAACAAGCGGUGGUUUUGCUUAAGAUCUGGUUACGUCAAAGGAACCUGCAGGUGUCAGGACAUGUCAUCAGUUUGUUAGUGUCAUACUUGGUGCAGAUUAAAAGGAUCAAUAAUAUCAUGAGCAGCUACCAAAUUGUGAGGAAUGUGUGGAUUGCAUUGAAAUCAUCAGAAUGGGAUGUGAAAGGUAUUUCUCUACACAAGGGUGAGGACACACCUUCACUUGAAGAGUUCCACCAACACUUUCCUGUAGUAUUUAUAGACAAAACUGGAUAUUACAAUGUCUGCUGGCAGAUGUGCAAGGGCACAUACAAUGCUCUCCGAAGAGAAAGUGAGCUGGCUGUAGAAAUACUAGACAAUGGAAAGAUCAACAGUUUCCUGCCACUUUUCAUGACUCCGGUGAAACCACUACUGCAGUUCGAUCAUAUCUUAUUGUUCAAGGACUUUCAAAAACUCAAAGAGUCUGUUCUCUCUAAACUGCCAAAGCCAGUCCGAUUGAACUACGGAGUGGAGGAACUGGCUCUAGUGACAGACUCAUUGCACGCAUUACUGGCUAAGGGCUUGGGCCAGAGAGUGAAACUCAUCUUGCAAAUGGUGGAAGCAGAUUUUUCUUGGUCAGUGAAGACCAAACAGGAUAAAGCUCGAGAAGAAAGCUACAAGGAGCAACUAUCAUUUGGCCUUAUAUUGGACCCUGAAAACUGUUUGAAUAUUGUUGAAAAAGGUCCACCAGCUAAUCUACCAGAGGCUGAGGUGUUUCGAGCGUUCUGGGGCGCCAAGUCGGAGCUUCGCCGCUUCCAAGACGGCUCCAUCACGGAGGCGUGCGUGUGGGACGCCGACUCGCUGGCCGAGCGCCGCGCCCUCACCGCGCAGAUUGUUGACUACUUGCUCAACGUCAAGUUCGACAUAAAGCCCUCGGAGCUAUUCCACGUGGGGUCAGCGCUAGAGAGCUUAGUCUCCCGCAAGCAGUACAACGCGCAGACCGAAGAAGCUUCAGUGGGCGUGGUCCAGGCGUUGGAUGAGUUGAGGCGCGACCUGAGGCAGUUACAACAGCUGCCUUUGGACGUCAGCGCUGUGUAUGGAGUGUCACCGGUAUUCAGCUACUGCGAGCCAACGCCCGCACUACCUCGGGCUCCGCUGAACAAACCGUGGCGGCGCGGUAACGCAGCCCUGGUCAAGGAAAUUGUAAGAGACGACGGAACUUGGGUCGUGCCUGAGUAUACGCCUGUAUGCAAAGCUGUGAUUGAGCUGGGGCACAGCGGCAAAUGGCCCGGCGACAUCCAAGCCUUCCGCUGUCUAAAAGCGGCUUUCAACCUGCAAAUCGCCGAUCGCUUGAACAAGCAGUAUUCCCUCCCCACCCAAGCCUAUCCUACCCACGUCGACGUGUUGAAAAACGGACUGGUGUUCAGACUGGAGAUAGCGCAUCCGAAAGAGAUAACGCUACUGAGGAAAGAGACGGAGAAUGGUGUUGCCAAGUUUCGGGAGAGUGAGGAGAGCGUUCGUUUGCAGUGUGAGACUGUGCUUAUGCCUCGUUUGAGGGGAGCCUUGCAUGGCUUACAUCAAAAGCACCCAGCCUUCGGUCCCAGCACAUGCAUCUUCAAGCGCUGGCUGUGUUGCCACCUGCUCUCCCCUCCACACUUUCCCCCCACUCUAGCCGAGCUACUGGUAGCAGCUGUGUUCCUCCACGCCCACCCGCUGACCCCGCCCACUAUGCCCACUAUUGGGCUAUUGAGGGUGUUGCGAUUGGUGGCCGAAACGGACUGGACGAGGGAAAUGAUUGUUUUAGACUUCAAUGAGGAUAUGAAACGUGAAGAAAUAAUGGAGCUGGAAAGCAAAUUCGCCGCCCGCGAACCGGCAACCCCUCAGAUCCACAUAGUAACAGCCUACGACGGAGACUUGCCUAGUGUGUGGAGCGCUAGCGCGCCGAGUCCGCAAGUACUGGCGCGAGUCCGAACGCUCGCCGUCAGUACUCUGAAGUACUUUGACGCUGCCAUGCUGAGCGAGAUGAAGGAUAACGCACUGAGUGCCUUCGUGCCAUCCCUAGCGGGCUAUGACGUCAUCAUCCACCUCCGUUCAGAGUUGGUCCCAUACGCUAGCGAGCGCGUAGAACGGCCCGCGUUACUACGCCCGGUCGGUGACGUCACUGACUCCGAAGUCAUACCCGUGGUCGAGUUCAACCCGGUUGAGAAAUACUUGGCGGAAUUGAGGAGCGCGUACGGAGACUUCGCGUUGUUCUUCCACGACUCAUACGGCGGAGAAGUCAUCGCGGUUCUAUGGAAGCCCGACAUUGCUGACGCCAGAGAAUUCCAACUCCUGAACGCGAACGCGCUGAAACCAGUCACUUCCAAAGGAGGAACGAAGUACAAAGUGAAUGUGGAAGCGUUGGUCGAAGACUUCAGGAUACUAGGAGAGGGAUUAGUUAAGGAUAUUGUUGUUAACUAGUUAUUUUACAUUGUAAAUGUAAUGUUUAUUGUAUUAUAAAUAUAGUUUAUAAUAAGUA